AUGAAUGACAAUAUGUGUAGAAGAUUCUUGGUUGUAAGGAACUCGUUUCCCGAUCAAUUGAACCGUGAAGGAAAGUAUUAUUUUAAUGAUGAUAAAAACUUCAAUAAGUAUUGUAAUAAUAAUUGUGAUGAUGAUCUUGAUAAAAUUAAUGCUGGAUGUUUAUUGUUAUUUAAUGAAUUAUUUGGGAGUAUUUAUUCGUUUAACAAUCAUGCAAAAAAUAACAUCGAUGCUGUUUAUUACAUUAUUAUAUGGUUAAGUUAUAUGUUGAGCCUAAAAUCACAUAACAAUAUCACCAAUCUAAAUGAUUUUUAUAAUCAAUAUAUAAAUAAAAAUGAGAAGUAUAAACAGUCUAUAACUGGUGUUACGGAGUAUAAUAGUUAUAAGGAAAUCAUAGAUAAAAAAAUGGAUUUGUUGAAUAUGGAUAAUAAUAUUAUAUCUAAAUUUUAUGCUCCAUUUAAAUUAUUAUAUGAAAUGUAUACAAAUUUUGAUGAAAACACGUCAAAUUGCAAAACGUGUUCGGGAAAUGCUUAUCAAUUUUUUGAAAAAUAUAAAGAGCUCAAUGGAGAUUCUAAUAAUAAUGAUAGCAGUCCAUAUAGAAAAAUAUUGUCUAGAUUAUCAACUGAUUAUAAUAAUUUAAAAAAUAAAUGUAAAGGUGUUAAUGAUAGCGAUUUUCCAACCCUUCCAGAGAUAAAAACAACAAAAAGUUCUGUAAAAAGUUCUGAACAAGCUGAAAAAAUUUCUAAACAAACUGUACAAAAAAUUAUACAAAGUUCUGCACAAUCUUCUGAAGUUACAUCAUCAAAUUCGUCGAUAGGAAACAAAUUAUUUACAGUUUUAUCGAUAUUUGGUGCAAUAGCAUUUUUUUUAGGAAUUUCUUAUAAGUAUUCGUUAUUUGGAUUUCGGAAACGAUCUCAAAAACAGAAUUUAAGAGAAAAUCAAAAAAAUAAAGAAUAA